AUGGACGGAAUACGGCGAAGCCAGCUUUUCUUUUGCAUUGGCCUGUGCUCUAUCUUUGCCUGCUUAUUCGUCCCCUUUUUCUUUCUUGAUAUUUUGUCUACCUUGCGAAUAAAUGCAUCAUCAGCAACGCAUGUAGACGCUCAAAAUGAAGAGUCAAGCCAGAAUCCGGCACCGCUUCUACCCGCGGCAUUUGAGAAUUUAAAUUCUACCGGUCAAUCAAUCCCCAAAAUCAUUCACCGUCUAUGGAGCGGGGAGCCGGGAGAUGUACCAGUGGAGUGGACAAAUGCAUCCAACUCCUGUAUUGAACAAAACCCUUCCUUUGAGCAGUAUGACUGGACCGAUGAGACUGCUCUCGAAUUUAUUCAAGCGCAUUUUGCCUGGUUUGCUCCAAGCUAUACGAAUCGUCUGAAAGCUAGGCAGCGAGAAGAUGUGCUUCGUUAUUUUCUUCUCUGGCACUAUGGAGGCGUGUACAUGGACCAUAGUAUUGGUUGCCAGGCGUCACUGGAUUCGUUGCUUUUGAUGGAUACAACAGCUCUUGCACCCGAACCGACAUCAUCCGGGGCCAGCAACGAUUUAAUCGCCAGUACAGCAAACCAUCCCUUCAUCAUAGCCAUCGCUAGGAACAUACACGAAGAUAGCAUGUCUCGAAUGUCAAAGUAUAAAGGGCUGUUUUCCACACGACAGAUUUCGAUGAAUAGCGCCCUCGCCAUGUGCCUUCAACCUGGUACAGACUGUGCUGACGCUGCGGUUCUUCCAUCCACACGUUACGAUAAAACAGAGAAUGCGAUAUUCACGCACUAUAAAGCUCAGGGAGCCUACUGGGGCAACGGCUUGGCCUAUGAUCGCAUAUUUGGAAAUUUGUUCGGGUGGACUACAGCUGGAGUUGCUGUGAUUGUGAUGAUCACUCUGGUAUUUGUGGUUUGGAUAAGGCCACGAAGAAAUUCCAAAUAUCGCUUAGUAGUCCAAGACACCCACGUGUAA